AUGUAUGGGCCCCCACGGCCCAGAAAUAUCUACAGACCCGAGGGCUACGAAAACAUACGGGAAAAUAAUAUAACCGAUAUAAUGGACCAACUUAUCAGCCUAUCGAAAUAUAUCGUGGAAAACGUAAAGCAAGAUGAUGCCCUCUUUAUCCAAUUUUUUGGGGCUCCAACAUAUUAUAAAAAUGUUAUGAAUAUCUUCUCUCGCAUCGCAGCUCUUAAAGCCGCAAAAGGUGGUGGACAAACCCGAUUGCAUUUCGUCGCGGACAUGACAAAGGACACUAACAGGGGAAUGACCAGUGUCAUCGCAAACUUCAAAGAAGAUCCAGAUAGUGGUGCUCCGACUAUAACUCUAUUUUCCCCUUUUGUAACAUUGCAGGAUGUCUUCUAUUUGAGACCGAACUCUGAACUCGAAGGCCUCCUAACAUAUCUAACAUACUCAAGGCAAUGUGGGAUUCUACAUGAGUUAAUGCAUUUUGUUACGAGGCAAGAGUUUUAUCCGCCUGUAAUACCUUGGACCACCAUUUGGGGUAUGUUUAAUUCUGCUUACUCCUUUGGAACAUGGAGGUUCUUUGGAUUACAGAAAGUUGAAAAAUUAACAUUUACGACAGGAUUAUUUGAUGGAGAAAUUAAAGAUGUCUUCCUUGCAGACGCAGCAAGUCGGGGGGAAAAGGUAUAUAUAUGAUCCUGUUUCUUUGUCUAAUCAAGGCUAAAUAUUAUUAUAGAAAUGGCUUCAAGGAAAGUUGGAUGAGGAAACCCGCGCAGGGCAGUCAGAUGGAAUGACGCUGGAAGACACCAAAGUCUACGGUGAGCUGCGAGUCCUCCUUCUGCCUCAGUUGAAAAAGGGACCAAAGUAUGCAUGUCAUAAUGCUGAUAGCUAUGCAUUAUUUGCUAUCGCACUAUUAGGUAAUUGGAACAACGAGGGGGAGAUCGUGCCUGAGAGGGGGGAGGCGGCCUUUUGGUAUAAGGACGCAGUCAAAAGGGAUCCAUUUGAGCAUUUACCGCCACCAUAUGAUGUCCCAGGAGAUCCAAUAUUCAAGAAGUUUUGGGGGAGAAGUGGAAGAAUCCAGGGGGUUGAUUUCGCGUAG